CUUUCGCUUGAUAUCAGAGCUUCAGUCAAAAGGCUCGCGUCUGAAACUUCAACUCUUCUUGAAAGCUGACAGUGCCCCAGGGCGUUCUUCAAAGCAAGACCUACAAUUCUUGAGGCCAAAUGGAUGUUACUCUGUCUGUUAUGAUUGAUUUUGGGGCGAAUAGCACAUCAACGGGCGGGCGCUGAAGCCAUGCGCGCCAAAGCGGUCUCCGCAGUGCGUAGGCAAACUACAAUGCAGGCACGCCGCUUCCGGUGUCUGACCUGAAACACGGGCGGAAGUUGGCACCCGGCACGCGUCCAGCAAAACAGGCCUCAGCAGUCGAGCAGGAACUUCGACGAACUCCCCGGCUUUGCGGCAACGUGACAGCCAGGAUGAGGCAGCAAGUGUGCAUCCCCUCUGGCUGCCAGCAAUGGGUUUCCCGGACGGUAACUGUGGGCGUAGAUCGGUUUGCCUACAUGAGCAGCCUCGCCAUCUACGUGUACAGCUCCAGCAGCUUCAUGCCGCUGGCCAUCCUUGCCAAGCACGAGAAGCACCUGAGCGCACUGGCGCUGUCGCCCUUCCACUCGCACCUGCUGGCAGCAGCCAUUGGGACCAACCACGAGAUGCGGCUGUAUGACAUUGACACGGAGCUACCGGUAUGCAGCACCAGCUACAGCGCACCCAAGGCCAAUGUCCACAUCAUCACCUGGCACCGCACGCAGGAGGGCGUGUUGCUGCUGGCCGCCGGCUCGCAUCUGGUGGCCUGGGACGUCAGUGCGGCGCUAGACUCGGACGGCCACGGCCACAGCGCGCUCCAGCGCACCGCCAGUGCCAACUCGUUGUCGCCCUCGCCCGCCGCUUCUGCUAACGGCAAUGGCGGGGGCGGGGGCUUGUUCUCUAGGCUCAAGGGCGGCUUGGGCGGCGGGGGCGGCGCCGCCGCCGUCACGGAGAUGACGGGCGGCGCGCGGUGGCUGCCGCUGCGCGACUUGGGCCAAGCCAUCAUGGCGUUUGAGCAGUGCCCGCCCAGCGCGGCAGGGGCCGGGGGAGGAGGUGGCGGCGGCGGCGGCGGGGUGAACAUGGUGGCGGUCGCGACGGCCGAUGGCAAGGUGGUGCUGCUGGAGCUGGAGCCGUCCGGCCUGGCCGUCAAGUAUGAGAUGCGCUCGAUCUCACUGCCCGACGGCGUGCCGGCCACGUCCGUGGCGUGGGAGCCGCUGUCCACCAACGGGCUGCUGCUGGUGGUGGGGCGGGGCGGCGCACUGGCGCUGUACGACAGCGGGACAGGCGAGACGGUGCUUCAGUACGCCAAGCAGCCCGCCACCGCCUUCCGCUGCGCGCAGUUUGUGGCCAGCCAGCCUGGCAACUUCCUGCUCAGCAGCAGCCGCAGCGGCGCGCUGCAGCUGUGGAACGUGUCGCAGCCGCAGCCGCUCCGCCUGCUCAAGCCCGCAGGCGGCCUGGUGCAGGGCUUUGCGCUGCUGCCAGCGCCGUCCGCAGGCGCGAGCGGUGCAAGGGCGGGGGCAGGGGCGGGAGGCGCGGGGAAGCGUACGGCGGUGCUGGUGUCGUUCGCGGACGGCGGCGUGUGCGUGUAUGACCUGGCAAGCCAAACCACGCUGUGGCGGCAGGAGGGCGGCCACACGGAGACCAUAUUCGACUGCCGCUUCUGCACCACCGACCCCAACCUGCUCGCCACCGCCAGCUUCGACUCCUCCGUACGGGUGUGGGACGUGCGCACGGCGCGCUGCAUCAAGCUGCUGGGCGGCGCGGAGGGCAUCCUGUACUCCGUGUCCUGGUCCGCCGACGGCAAGUUGCUGGCGGCGUCCAAUGACAGCGGCAUGAUCUACAUCUACGACUACGCCCGCGGCAUGCUUAUCAAGGGGCUGCGGCAGCACACCAAGCAGUCGCUCAAGGUCGCCUUCCACCCCGUCAAGCCCACGCUCCUGGCGUCCUCCUCCGUGGACGGCACCGUGUAUGUGUACACGGUGGACGGCGAGACCGUGCGCACGCUGCGGCACUUCUCUCCGGUGUCGUGCAUCGCCUGGGGCGUGCUGUGCCCCGAGCUGGUGGCCACAACCACCGACCACGGAGAGCUGCACGUCUGGGACACGUCACGACCCGCCGCCGACUGCCUGCAGCGCACGCUGGAGGCGCACACUGCUCGUACCUUCAAUGUGGAGUUCUCGCCGCUUGUGAAGCACUGGCUGCUGAGCUCCUCCAACGACCGCACCGCGCGCGUGUGGGACGUGUCCACCGGCGACUGCCAGACGGUGCUGCAGGGCCACACUGCGGAGGUGCGCGCCGUGGCGUGGCACCCGGAGGUGGCGCACAUCUGCUUCACAGGUUCUUGGGACUCAGCGGUGCGGGUGUGGGACGCGCGCAACGGGCGCUGCCUGCGUGUGGCGAACGACCACCACGCCGACGUGUACGGCAUCGCCUGCCACCCCGCCCGCCCCUUCUUCAUCGUGACCUGCUCCCGGGACACCACCCUGCGGCUGUGGAGCACCCUCGACCUCACGCCACACCUGUUCCCCCAGGCUCUGCUGCUGCCGCUGCCCAAGCUGCGCUGCACAGCCGAGGAGGCUGUCAAGGCGCCCGAGUCGGCGCCGGCGCUGCUCAGCGGCGCAGCCAGUCGCGAGUUGGCGGAGCGGCUGGCGGGGUCGGCGGUCGGGCCGCUGGAGCGCUUCGCAGCGCUGGCCGAUUUCUUCAUGCCGCCAGCCUGCCAAGACGCUUUCUGGGAGCUGGCACGCGCCGUGAAGGCCAACGCCGUCUCCGGCAUCAGCGGCGGGCCCGGCGGCGCGGGCGACUCGGGGCCAUUGAUGGCGGACCUGGGGCCUCUGGGCUACGCCAGCCGCCGCCGCGGCAGCAGCGCGGGCCGCGGCGGCGCUGGCGGCGGCGCCGGGGGCGCGGGCGGCGAGGAGGGCGGCGGCGGCGGCGCGCUGCACCACUGGACGGUUGCGCGGCUGGCGGUGGGGUCGGCGGCCAACCACCUGGAGCUGGCGGCCAGCAGCAAGGCGCGCGGCGGCGGCGCGGGCCGGCGCGAGGAGCUGCUGCGGGAGGCGGCUCAGCAGCACCUGGUGGCGGGCAACGUGGAGCACUGCUGCGAGCUGCUGGCGGAGCUGGGCGACUGGGACCGCGCGCUGGCGCUGGCGCCCGUGGUGGGGCUGGGGCUGUGGCAGCGCCUCAUGCGGCAGCGGGUGGCGGCGCUGGCGGCCAGCGAGUCGCAGAGCCACGUGAGCGACGUGCUGCCGCUGUACCUGGUGUCGGGCGCCGUGCCGGCCCUGGUGGACGUGCUGUCGGCGUCCCAGCUGUACGACACCGCUUUCAACGUGGCGGCGGUGCAGGCCAGCGGAGGCUACGCCGCCCUGUCCAUAGCAGGGCCGGCGGGGGCGGCGGGAGGGGCGGGAGGCGCGGGGGCAGCAGGGGGCGUCAGCCACUCGGCCGGGGACCGGAGCCACAGCGCUGGGAGCAACAGCUACCCCAGCGCCAGCGGGGUCGGGGCGGCCUUGGCGGGGGACGCCAUGCCGCCGCCCUCCUCGCCACCCGGCGUGGGAGACGGCAGCGGCGCCGGCUCCUCGGCCGUACACGCGGCGCCAGUAAGUGGCGGCGGCAGCCUGCUUGCAACAAUAACCUCGCCGACGGGCAUUUCGGCUGGCGGCACCGGGACAUCCGGGGGCGGGGCGUCCGGCGGCGGCUCGACUCUGCCGCCGCUGCGCCCCGGCGGCCUGCCUGCCCUGGCCCGCGCGCCGUCCCUGCGGCCGCCGCCGCUGGCGCCCAUCCAGACCUCCGGACUGGGCUUCGGUGGCGGCGCGGGAGGGCCGCUGACCUCUCCACCGCCGACAGGCGGCGGCGCGACGCCGCCCGGCAGCGCUGCGGCGUUGACGGGCGCUGACUCCGGCAACGCCUCGCCCUCCGCCACCGCCCUGCGCAACGACACGUCGGCGCCGCUGCCAACCUUGGCGGCGCCGGUGUCGCCGCCGCUGGGGCCCGCGCCGCCGAGCGGCUCCAGCGGACAGUUGCCCAUGCCGCCGGCGAUGGCACCCGCGCCGCCGCCAGGCGGCAUGCGCUCCGCGCCCUCCAUGCGCGGCCGCUCGCUGGUCGCCGUAAGCGGUGGUGGCGGCGGCGGCGGCGGCGGAGCCGCCUCAGCGGCGGCGGCCGCCGCCGCCAGCCGGGAGGCGCUGGAGCGCGCGACGUCGGUGCGCUGCUCGCAGGCGCGUGUGUACCUGAUGCAGGGGCUGCCCAUGCAGGCGGCCUGCUGCGCGCUGUCGGUGGACGACGUGGGCGGCGCGGUGGGACUGCUGCUGCGUGGUGGCUGCGAGGAGGCAGCGCUGGCGCUGGUGAUGGGUCUCACGCGGCCGCUGUCCACUAUGGCGGCCGCCGGCGGCGGCGCCGCCGCCGCGGGCUCGCCCGUCUCGCCCGGUGCCGCUGGCGUCUCGCUCGCCGCAUUCGUGGCGGUGGCGACCGCCCACGGCGGCGGCACCGGAGGUGCCGCCGGCACCGGCGCCGGCGCGGGAGGCGGCAUCGAGGCGCUGGCGAUGGCGCUGCGGCCACGUGUGAUGGUGGCGGCGGCGCAGCGGCGCGAGGCGGCGGGUGAUUACCUGACGGCGGCGGAGCUGGUGCGGCAGCUGCCGGGCGCGGGCGCCGGCGCCGCUAGCGGCUUCCUGCGCGCCGCCGACAUACGCGACCUGCUGGCGGGCCGCUGCCGCGCCCACAGCGACCCGCUCACCACCAACCGCGUCUUUGCGGCGCUUGGGCUGCAAGAGCAUGCCGUCUACUCCGCGCCUGCCGCCACGGCGGCGGCGGGCGCCUCCGCCGCCUCCGGCUCCUGGGACGGCUUCCGCGCGCUGCUGCUGGGCGGCGCCGCCGAGGCGGCGGCGGAAUGGGCGCUCAAGGCAGCGGGCAAGCUGGUGGACGGCGGCCGGCGGCCCAGCCUCACGUCGCCGGAGUGGGAGCAGGCCUGGGCGGCGGUCAACAGCCUGGCGCCGAGCGCGCUGGGGCGCAGCAUGUGGCUGGAGGUGUUUGGCCUGGCUCUGUACGCAGGCGCAAUGGCGGCGUUGGAGCAGGGCAGCGCCGCAGUGGGGCUGUACCUGGUGCGCGUGCUGGAGGCGUGGGCGGCGAGCACGCCGGGCGCCUGCCUGCCAGUGUCGCAGGCCCGACUGGCGGCGGAGGUGAGCGAGGGCCUGGACGCCUGCCUGGGGCUGCCGGGCGUGUGCGGCGGCUGCAGCGGCGCCGAGGUGCGCGAGGUGCUGUCGGAGCUGCUGGCGGCGCCGCAGGGCAGCCAGUGGAUGCAGGGCAUGCUGCAGGCGCGCCUGGCGGCAGCGGAGGCGCGCAUGGCAGGUGGCGGCGGCGCCACUCCGCCCAUGUCGCCGCCCUUUGUGGCCGGCCGCUCCUCCCAAUCCACCGGUGGCGGCGCCGACGAUGGCCCCGGCGGCCCCAGCCUCGUGGCUCUGGCCGGGAGCUCCAUGUCCCGGAGCGCCCGACGACUGGCGAGCCUGGGCGGCAGCGUUGGGGCUGGCGGCGGUGGCGGCCGCGGCGGCGGCUUGGACCUUGGCGCAAGCUCCGGCCGGCUAGCUGCGGGCGGCGCAGUCGCUUCGGCGCUGGCGGCGUUGUCGCCUGCCGCUGCCGGGGGUGCAGAUGGCGCGGGCCGGGCGACCGCGGGAGGGGCGGGGGCGGGCGGCGGCACAAGCUUGAUGACCCUGGCGGACUUGGCUCGCGGGCCCGUGGUGGUGGCGGCGGCGCACGUGCCGUCUCGCUCGACUGGCACGGCAAGCGGCGCGCUGCCGGUCUCGGUGGUCAGCGGCGGCGCCAUCCGUGGCCCAGCUGUGGCGCUGGACGGGGAGAGUGUCGGAAGUGACGAGAGCGGGAGCGGAGGGCGCAGCAGCGCGUUCGUGUCGCUGAGUGAGGCGGUGGCGCUGCGGCGCGUGCUCACGUACAGCCCGCUCUUCAGCGGCAAGCUGCUGCGGCUGCCCUGAUGCACGGCUCCUAGGUGGGCGGCACAACAGCAGCGGGGUGAUAAUUGAACGGGCAGGACAACUGGGCAAGUCGGCGCCCCAGUUGCCCUCGGUUGGUGGUCUGCUGCUUCAAGCAGAGCAUGAGGCGAUGUACUUCGGGGCCGCAUGAAAUGGCUGUGACAGUGUUUACCGACUGGGCUGACUGUAGCAUGCAAAUCUUUCCGCCAUGCCUAGGGCACCCCACUGAGUAACGGUCCCGAUGACGCGUCUGCGUGUGGAGGUUGAGCGGGUUGGGGUGGAGCAAAAAUCGAACUUGAGCUUGCGCUUAGGAAGUGCAAGGCCUUAGUUAGCAUGUAUUUAUGUGUGAUAACGCACUCAGCCUGCUCAGCGGCAGGAGAAAGGGCCACUGUUGUCAUGAAUGUACGU